AUGAUAAAAAAACGGUUUUUAUUUGUUUUUGCUUUUUUCACAUUAUGGAUACUUGAUUCAUUAUCAACAAUUGAAGCUGUUGCUGUCAUUGGUAUUGAUUACGGAACUGAUUGGUUUAAAGUUUCAUUAGUAAAACCGGGAGUUCCACUCGAUAUUGUAUUAAACAGAGAUUCUAAAAGAAAAACACAGUCGGUUAUAACAAUUCGCGGCGAAAAAAGAUUAUAUGGCACUGAUGCUGCUAAUAUUGGGACAAGAUUUCCGAGUAAUACUUACUUUAGUCUUAAAAGGCUUCUUGGAAGAUUAGCAGAUGAUAAGUAUGUACAAGAAUAUCAAUCACACUUUUUUAAUAAAAUAAUAAAAGAUCCGAUAAGAGGAACUGUUUUAUUUCAACAUAAUGAAACAACAACAUUUUCAGUUGAGGAAUUGGUUGCAAUGCAAUUAUCUUAUGCUAAAGAGCAAGCUAAAGUCACUGCACAAGAAGAAGUUAAAGAUAGCAUUAUUACUGUCCCACCAUAUUAUAAUCAAUUUGAAAGACAAGCCAUUUUGGAUGCUGCUGAAAUUGCUGGAUUACAUGUACUAUUCUUGAUUAAUGAUCAGACAGCUGUUGGAAUAAACUAUGCCAUAACACAUUUUUCUUCUAUUACUGAGGAACCACAAAUCCAUUUAUUCUAUGAUAUGGGUGCCGGAAGCACUAAAGCUAGUGUGAUCAAAUUUAAUAUUGUAAAUAACAAGGAUGUGGGUCGCUUCAACAAGGCUUUGGUUAAUUUAGAAGUUUUAUCAAUUGGAUACAAUAAAACUCUUGGAGGACAAGAAUUUGAUUUUCGGCUUCAGAAACAUUUUGCAACAAAAUUUGAUGAUUUACACAGUGGUAGGCUGAAAGAAUCAAUUUUUAAGUCUGGUCGUGCUAUGACAAAAUUAUUUAAAGAGGCAAAUAGGGUAAAACAAAUUCUUAGUGCCAACACAGAAACAAUAGCUUCAAUAGAAAAUUUACAUGAAGAAAAAGAUUUUAGAAUUACAAUUUCAAGAAAAGAAUUUGAAGCUAUUACAGAUGAUUUGAUCAAGUAUGUUGAAGCUCCUUAUAUCACAGCAUUGAAUAAGGCUAAUUUGACAUUGCCUGAUAUAAAAUCUUGUGUGUUAGUUGGUGGUGGUAUCCGUGUACCAGCUGUUCAAAAUAUGCUUAAAAAGCUUGUUGGAGAAAACAAAAUUGCACAAAAUAUUAAUGGAGAUGAAGCGGCUGUUUUAGGUGCUGGUUUUAGAGGAGAAAAAGAGAAGCUUAAUUCAAUUCAACGAUUAACUGCCAUGGAAAAGGCUGAUCAUGAACGUCAUGCUUGUGAAGAAGCAAAGAAUCAUUUGGAGUCUUAUGUUUACAAAUCACAAAAGUUUCUUGAUGAUCCAAUUGUUAAAAAAGUUAGCACUGAUGGGCAACGUUCAGAACUAUUAAAAAGGUUAUCUGAAACAUCGGAAUGGCUGUAUGGAGAAGGUGAAAAUGCAUCAAUUGAUGAAUUUCAUUCACGUCUUGACAGUUUAAGAUUAUUAGAGAAACCAUUCUUAUUUAGAAAAGGAGAGUUUAUUAAACGUCCUGGUGCAAUUUCUUCACUUAAAUCACUUAUUGACAAAAGAUGUGGAUUUGUACGACAAAGAAGAGCUAACUUAAUUCCUAAAAUAACGCAUUAUACUGAUGAAAAUAUUGAUAAGCUAUUAAAUGUUUGUGAUAAAGUUGAAAAUUGGCUUAAUGAAAAGUUGGCAGAGCAAGAAAAAACUGCCCCCCACAUUGAUCCUGUUUUCACUACAGAUGAUGUACAAAAGAAAGCAAAAGAAAUUAACCGUGAAUUUUCAAAUUUGGUGAAAAAAUCAUCAACAGUAAAAAGCUCUACAACUACCAUUGCCACCACAACAAUAAUCAAUGCCACUGAUGAAAGUACAGAAUAUGCCAAGACAUACAAUACAACAACUGAUUCAAUAACUCAGGAGACUUCAAAUGUUACAAUAUCAUCUGACACUGAAACAACAACAGGAGCCAUUGAACCCAAGACAACUGAAAUAUUGCAUGUUGAAUUAUAA